AUGAAUAAACUUAUUGAAUAUGGUUCUGUUGAGAGCAUGCCACUAUAUAACUGCAGUGCGCAUAGCUCAGAAGAGUGGUCUAAACUCUUUGGUGUACGUCAUCCAUAUCUUGGCUAUUUUGAUAUCAUUUUUGGAGUUGUAGUCAAUAUAUUGUACGCACCCAUUUUGUCAGUUAUGUUUCAACCGGAAUAUUACAAAAUGUCAUGCUUCAAGAUCAUGAUCUGUCUGGGAAUUGUCGAUAUGUUAGCCUUAUGGAUAAACUCAAUCAUCACAGGAGUGUUGGCGCUCCAAGGUGCCGUUUACUGCACAUAUCCCACGUUUAACUACAUGAUUGGCUCUAUUGUUCUGGGAUUGUGGUGCUGUUCGUGUAUUAUUGUGUUGGGUCUUGUUGCCAACAGACUUCUGGAGAUGAGUAAGCCAGCAUAUGCAUAUACAUUGUUCAAUGGAUACCGAACGUAUAUUGUUAUGAUAAUUCCUGUGAUGUAUGGAAUUUAUUUCAUUCUUUUCACUAAUCCUGUUGGCUUCAACUCAAAAUACUACACAUGGUUGUUCGAUCCUAUGAUUACAGAAAACCGAUCAACUGAGUAUCACAACAUACCUCAUAGCAUUAACAACGUUUUCAUCGUGGCUGUUACGUGCUUUAUGUAUGGUUGGCUUUACUUCAUAGUUCAAGAGAAAAUGAGUAUGAUCAGUUGGAAAAAUAGAAGACAAGAUUUGAGUUUUCAAAUACUGAUUCAGUCUGCCAUGAUUUGUUCUAUCAACAUGGUCGCUUCCAUCAUCUUUGUUCUGAUGAACUUCGUCGAACUUCCACUCAUCAUUAUUCUUAUCGCUCAAAAAAUGUGGCAGUUCAUACAUGCUUUUCCUGUUUUCAUAUAUCUCGUGAUCAACAAAACGAUUCGGAAUGGACUACUGAGAAAAUUUAGGUUGAAAACACAGAGGAGUCUGUUCGAAAGAUAUAUGGAUUGGAAAGGUUGUGUUGUGGCUGCAUGGAUCGCAGCCAUUAUUCAGUAUCAUCACAGCAUCACAGUUUAA